AUGCUACUGCCCGGCGGCCUGGUCAAACACAGCGGCGGCACCGCCCUCGACGGCGGCGGCGGAGAGGGGGGCGCCGAGGCGGCAGAGCGGCAGCGGCAGCAGGGGCUCGCGCUUGUGGGGCAGCUGGCGGCUGUGGCGGAGGGCGACCUGGACUCGUUAGAAGCAAGUGAUCUUGCUUGGCUGUCGUGGGUGGUCGCGACGGCCGCCGCGGCCGCCCGCGCCGGCAGCGCGGGGCCGGGCGCCGAAGCACGCGCGGCGGAGGCGGAGGCGGAUGCCGCGGCGCGGCUGUCCCGCGUGUACGCGUGCGCCGCGGGCUGGGGGGCCGGCGUGUUUGGCGCCGCCGACGCACACCUGCUGUACACGUCGCACGAGUGGCUUGUGCGGGCGCAGCUGCGGCGGCCGGACACCGCUGCUGCUGCUGCUACUGCUGCUGCUGCUGCUGCUGCUGCUGCUGCUGGAGAUGGUGUGGGGCACGACGAGCCCCUCCCCGCCAAGGUCCUAGCAGCAGGCAAGCGCGCCGCAGUCCGGCAGGCUGCCGCCGCCCGCAGCAGCGCAUUCUGCCGCGGCGUCCUUGCGGCCCUGCGGGACCCGCCUGAUGCCGCCAGCGACCACAGCCGCGACGCCGGCGGCCCCGCGCCGCUGUCCGCGCGAGCCGCGCUGCCGGAGGCGCUGUCGGCGUCGGCGCGCGGCGCGGCGCAGCUGGAGGGCCUCUCUCAGGAGCAGCUGCUGCCCCAAAUUGUCUUGGAUGAGGAGGAGAAUGAAACGGCAAUCCUGAUCGUGCUCGUGCCGGAGGCGCAGGAGAGCCGCACGCGCCCGGCGACGCCCACCGGCUGGGCCGCAGCCGCCGCGCAGCUGCUGGGCGCCGAUGGGUGCGUCAGCAGCGGCGGCACUGGGGGCCAAGGCGGCAGGCGCAGGGUGGUGGUGCUGAUGCAGUCAGGGUAUGAGGCCGCAGAGCGGGCGGGCGGGGCGGCUGGCAUUCAGGAGUGGCUGCGGGACCAGCUGGCGUUUUAA